AUGAUCGACAACGCGCUAUAUGGAUUCACCCGGAUCCCGAAAUCUGACGACCAUGGAAAUACUUUGCAUGUGUUUGAGGACGGGGAGCCGGUGGAUCCAGGCAAGCCAUCGUUUCUGGGAAUGCCUAAGGUAGAAUAUCUAGGCCAUAAGGUCUCCCACAAUGGACUGAAGGCGAAUCCGAAAGACCGCCAUGCAGUUUUGGAGAGUCUGAACUACUAUAGCCGCUUUAUCGAAGAAUACGCUAUCUUGGCGUCGGUUUUGUAUGAAUUGCGAGAAAUCGACUUUGCAGCGAUGAUGAAGGACACCACCCAAGCACGGAUCCAACGAGUGUUAGAGGUGGAGAGUGUGGAUCAAGGACCACAGGAAGAUCAAGCGACCGACCCCAAAAGACUCUGGAUCUGGAAGCGCAAGAUGGAUCCGCGUUGGAUCCAUGCCUAUCGAUCUUUCAGUGUGCUUAAAUCCAAGAUCGCCUCUACUCCGAUCUUGCGGCACUUCGAUCCAGAUCGAAGAGCUACGGUUGUGGUGUAUGCUAGUGCCUGGGCAAUUUCAGGAUCGUUGAUGCAGGAAUAUGACAAGCUCUACUAUCCCGUGAUGUUUGCAAGCCGUACUUUGAAGUUAAAUGGGCUGAACUAUGGCAUCGCGGAGAAGGAGAUGCUGGCCUUGCUGAGGUCCCUCGACCUCAACUACAAUGCCUUAGUCGGACGUCCGAUUCAUGUGUUGACCCGACACUCUACUUUAGCGUGGCUCUUCAGAUCCAUAGCCCUGCAGGGACGUUUAGGUCAAUGGAAUGCUCUACUGUCGCGGAACAUUGGUGGCGAGCGUAUUGCGCCUAGAUCACAGGUGGAUAAGGCGUUGAUCUCGAUCGUCCCUAAAAAGGAGCCACGGCGCAAGAUCCAGGCUCCGACCCCCACUAUUGGACGCGACGAGGAUCCAUACACCGUUAGUUUCGAUGGAUCCGCCCGUGUCAAGAGAUGUGGAGGAGCCUAUAGCGCGAUCUUGUGGAAAAUGCCAGAAUGGAGGGUGUUAAAGGGUACAUUUGGCUCCGCUGAAGGUCUAACAGUGAGCGAAGCAGAAUAUCAUGGGCUGCUGUUGUGUUUGGAUCUACUGGAAGAUUUGGAUCUAUGUCGUCUAGUGAUCUGCGGAGAGUCGAACCUGGUGAUCCGGCAAGUACGAGGUGAGAUUGACUGUAAGACACCGGGUCGGACACUGCUACGCCAGAGGGUUCCGGAUAGACUACGAAAUUGGCCGGAUCACGAGUUGUUGCAUGUUAAACGAGAUUGGAAUGGGAGUGCCGACAGCAUACCAAGUCCCGCGCUGGAACGGCAAUGUGGGAUCGAUGUCGAGUCUGAGAGGGAGAUUCAGGAUCUAGUCACCUUGAAUCGGUUGGACGAGAUCCUGGUGGCGAGGAUCCGAGAUGAGGUCACUCAGAUAUCUGCUGUAACGACCCAAUCUAAGGCUAGAUCGGGAGUGCGAGCUGGGUCUGAUCCAGGCUCAUUACGAGACGAAGUUAUGAGAGAACUGCGGAUCGAGCGGACCCCGCAAGAACAGGAUGAAGAGUCGUGGAUCUCAGGACUUAAGAAGUAUUUGAUUGGAGAGACCCAAGAUCUGACACAAGAAGACGCUAAGUCGGAUCUAUUCUUCUACUGCCCGGCAACUAAGGGGGCCGCUGCGGAUGUCGACAAGUUGAUGCGAUUGGAGGUGCCUGAGACGCUUCAACAAGCUAUUUUGCAUCACUACCAUACGAGUCUACAGGGUGGUUAUCAAGGAAUUGGCCGGACCUAUGGCCGGAUCCGCGAUCAUUUCCAAUGGAGAGGGCUGUACAAGAGCGUAUAG